AUGAGUGCUGAUACACCAUUGAAAAGAUUAAAAUGGGGUUUUUUACCACAAAGAAGAAUAAUUGAUGAAGAUGAGAAUGGGAAUUUCAUUAAUAUAUAUCAAGAGACUGAUAAAUCCUCAUCAAAGGAUGAAAAUUCAGAAAAGGAUUCAGAAAUUAAUAUUAAUGAAAAAGACAAUUCAGAGGUUGCAAUUAUUGAAUACAGAGAUGAGAAGGAUAGAAAAUGGUGGAAGUUUUUUGAUGAAUAUGAAUAUAGAGUCAAUACUAAGGUCAAAGAUAAUAGAAAAUGGUAUCAUUGGUUUCAUGAAGAUGAUACAAAAUUAGAAAAAAAAUUAAUUACUAAGCUUGAUAUUUUGCUUUGUUUCUAUAGUUUACUUGCUUAUUGGAUUAAAUAUCUUGAUACAGUAAAUCUUGUUAAUGGUUAUAUUGCUGGUAUGCCACUUCCACCUUCACAAGGAGGUAUUAAUAUGGUUGGUAAUGAUUUGAUUGAUACUCAAGUCCUUUAUAACAUUGGUAAUGUUGUAUUUCAGCUUCCGUUUAUGUAUUGUAUUUAUGCUUAUCCAUUAUCAUAUGUCCUUCCUGCAAUGGAUAUUGGUUGGUCUAUUUUAACUGUAUUAACAGCUGAAGUUAAAAACACGGGUCAAUUGCAAGCAGUGAGAUUCCUUGUCGGUGUUUUAGAAGCUCCAUUUUAUCCUGCCUAUCACUACUUGUUGGCAUCAUGGUACAGAGCAAGUACGGGUGAAUUAGCAAGACGUGCUGGCUUUUUUUAUUUGGGGCAAUAUAUGGGUAUUUUAACAUCGGGUUUAAUAUCAGGUGGUAUUGAAAGAAUAUUUGGAGAUGUACCAGGUGAAACUUGGAGAUGGAUUUUCAGAAUUGAUGGUAUUUUGAGUCUUAUUGUUGGUAUCAUUGGGUUCUAUGCUAUUCCUGGAACUCCUGCUGAUUGUUAUUCAAUCUUUUUGACAGAUGAUGAGAUCAGAGCUGCUAGACGAAGAUCAGUUAUAGAUAAUGUUGGGUUCAGACCUAGACAUAAUGUUUUCAAGGAGUUUUUUGAUUUAAAAUUAUGGAAAUCCAUUUUUAGUAAUUGGCACUUGUAUGUUUUAUCAAUUUGGUCUAUAUUCUUAUGGAGUAAUGCAAGUGGUCCUUCUGGUUCAUAUGCAUUAUGGUUGCAAUCUUUGACAAAUGCUGAUGGUUCUUUAAGAUUUGUCGGUGAGCAAUUGCAAACUCUCACGAGCUUAACUCCUGCUUUGGGUUUGAUCUAUUUGGUCUUUAUUAGUUCCUUUGCUGACUUGUUCAAGUCUAGGUGGGGAGCUAUAGUAAUAUCACAAUUGCUUAACUUUACUGGUAAUUUAAUGUUAACGAUAUGGAAUUUACCAGAAGGUGCAAAAUGGUUUGCCUGGUGUUUACAAUAUUUCAGUUGGAGUGCUUCACCAAUUAAUUAUUCUUUUCAAGGUGAUAUCUGUCGUUUCGAUCAUCGUCUGAGAUCUGUUUUAUUAGUUUCAAUGAAUAUUGUUGGUCAAACUUGUUCAAUUUGGAUUUCAAAAUUAAUUUGGCCAACAGUUGAAGCACCAAGAUACUUGAAAGGGUUUUCAACAAUUACUGCUUUUACAUUGAUGCUUAUAGUAUGGACAAUGUUGGUUCUUUACUUAUACAAACGUCAAGAAAGAGAGAAUGCAAUUAAGCACGGAAUGGUGGUGUACAACUCCAAGGUGGAUGGUGAGAUUAAAAACAAUGUAAAAAAAUCUUCAGAAUAA